CACCUAAAUCCUUUCUAUAAAUACACACACACUCUCUAAACCUGUCUUCUUCAGAUUCGCCGGGUCACUGAACUGAUUACCGCCGUGGCGCCGCUGACAUAUAUUUUAGUUUAUAGUUAAACACACACAAAUUUAAAAAAAAAAUAAAAAUAGGAAGCUUCAAAACAAUGGGAGCGAGUAGUGAUACAGUAGAGACGAUGAUGACUGAAUUCAUCCGUAAAUCCGGUGGAGUAGCGGUUAUUGACGGCGGACUUGCGACGGAGCUUGAACGUCAUGGCGCCGACCUUAACGACCCUUUAUGGAGUGCCACGUGUCUCCUCACUUCUUCUAGCCUUCUCCGUCAGGUGCACCUUGAUUAUCUUGAAGCUGGUGCGGAUAUAAUAAUCACAGCAUCUUACCAGGCAACGAUUCAAGGGUUUGAAGCCAAAGGCUUUUCUAAGGACGAAAGUGAGGCUAUGCUUAGGAAAAGUGUAGAUAUUGCCCGUGAGGCAAGGAAUGUAUAUUAUGAGAAAUGUCGUGAAUCUUCUGGGGAUUAUAGUGGUGAUGCUAGAAUUUUCAAGCAUCGGCCUAUCUUAGUUGCUGCGUCUGUCGGAAGUUAUGGGGCAUAUUUGGCUGAUGGUUCUGAAUAUAGUGGGGACUAUGGUGAUGCAAUGAAUCUCGAGUUCUUGAAGAGUUUUCAUCGGAGAAGAGUUCAAGUUUUAGCUGAAUCUGGUGCCGACCUAAUAGCAUUUGAAACAGUGCCAAACAAGCUUGAAGCACAGGCUUAUGCUGAGCUUCUUCAAGAAGGCAUAAACAUUCCUGCAUGGUUUUCCUUUAACUCCAAAGAUGGUGUAAACGUUGUCAGUGGUGAUUCCUUGACUGAAUGUGCUAGAAUUGCCGAUUCUUGCCCAAAAGUUGUUGCUGUAGGAAUCAAUUGUACACCACCUAGAUUUAUCAGUGAUCUGAUUCAAUCUAUCAGAAAGGUGACAACCAAACCGGUACUUAUAUAUCCCAAUAGUGGUGAAACUUAUGAUGCUGAGAUAAAGCAGUGGGUGGAAAACACCGGAGUCCCAAAUGAAGAUUUUGUUUCCUUCGUGAAUAAAUGGUGCGAGAUAGGAGCAUCACUUGUAGGAGGUUGUUGCAGAACUACCCCAGACACAAUUAGAGCCAUUUGCAGAACUCUUCCUAGCAAAUCUAAUAUGGCAUGAUUAUCACAGAAAGCUUACAAGAACAAAUUGGGAUUUUUGUAGUUAUAUUAUCUAAGAGCUAUGCAGUUUCAACUUCAAUAUCAGAGAUUUGGCUGAGCCACCAUGUCUUUGCUACAAAUGUCUGAGUCUUUUGUAAACGAAUGAUCUUCUGAAUAUUAAUUAUGUUGGUUUUGGUUUUA